CGUGGGGAGCCCCUAACACAACAUCAAUAUCAUGUUCCCUUGCUGAUGUUAUGAGUGAACAGCUGGCGAAAGAGCUGCAGCUGGAAGAAGAAAAUUCUGCUUUUCCUGAAGUGGUUGCUGUUGCUGAAGGACCAUUUAUUACAGGAGAAAAUGUUGACACUUCUAGUGACCUAAUGCUAGCUCAGAUGCUGCAGAUGGAAUUUGACAGGGAAUAUGAUGCGCAACUUCGGCGUGAAGAGAAGAAGAUCAAUGGAGAUAGCAAAGUCUCCAUAUCCUUUGAAAAUUAUCGGAAGGUGCAUCCCUAUGACAGUGACAGCUCCGAGGAUGAGGUUGAUUGGCAGGAUACCCGUCAUGAUCCUUAUAGAGCAGAUAAACCUACUACUACACCGAGAAGGGGCUUCAUAGGAAAAGGAAAAGACAUUACUACUAAACACGAUGAAGUGGUAUGUGGAAGAAAGAACACUGCUCGCAUGGAAAAUUUUGCACCUGAAUUCCAAGUUGGGGAUGGAAUUGGGAUGGACUUAAAGCUGUCAAAUCAAGUCUUCAAUGCCUUAAAGCAACACGCGUACUCUGAGGAACGUCGAAGUGCAAGGCUCCACGAAAAGAAGGAGCACUCCACUGCUGAGAAAGCAGUAGAUCCUAAAACGCGUUUACUUCUGUACAAGAUGGUCAAUGCUGGGAUGCUGGAGACCAUCACAGGCUGCAUCAGCACAGGAAAAGAAUCUGUUGUGUUUCAUGCAUAUGGGGGAAAAAGUGCAACUGAAGAUAAAGUUAUACCUCCAGAAUGUGCCAUCAAAGUGUUUAAAACAACUCUUAAUGAAUUCAAGAACCGCGACAAAUACAUUAAGGAUGACUACAGAUUUAAAGACCGCUUCAGUAAAUUGAAUCCACGAAAGAUUAUUCGUAUGUGGGCUGAGAAAGAAAUGCAUAACUUGACAAGAAUGCAAAAUGCAGGAAUUCCUUGUCCUCAAGUGGUUAUCCUUAAGAAACACGUCUUGGUUAUGUCUUUCAUUGGCCAGGAUCAAGUCCCAGCUCCUAAACUAAAGGAUGUAACACUUAGUAGUGAAGAUAUGAAAAAGGCCUACUAUCAGAUUCUUAAUAUGAUGCAACAGUUGUAUAAGGAGUGCAACUUGGUCCAUGCAGAUCUGAGUGAAUACAACAUGCUUUGGCAUGAUGGGAAGGUCUGGCUUAUUGAUGUCAGUCAGUCUGUGGAGCCAACCCAUCCUCAUGGACUUGAGUUUUUGUUCAGAGACUGUAGGAAUGUUUCACAGUUUUUCCAGAAAGGAGGUGUGGCAGAAGCACUGAAUGAGCGUGAACUCUUCAAUGCUGUCUCAGGUUUAAAUAUUACAGCUGACAACGAAGUAGACUUCCAAGCAGAGAUUGAAGCGUUGGAGAAGAUGAAUGAAGAUCAUGUGCAGAAUCAUGGAAAGAAACUGUCAAUGUUUUCAAGCCAUGGAGACCCACCUAUAUAUGAUGAAUAGCACUGAGCGUACAGCUGCUAACGAAACAAAACACAAGUUUACUGCUUCUAACUAUGUUGGUGCAGUGGUAAAUGUCAACUACCGAUGUCAAGAGAGAGUGGUUGGCUGGGAAUACCGAAAUGGAAAACACAGCGAGCAUACGGUGAUGUCUCAGUGGUUUGUUUUGUUGUUUUGUUUGUUUGGUUUUUAAACUUAGCCCACACAUCAGGCUGGCACUGUGAGAAUGGACUGUCACUCCAUCU